CUAAGGCUCCUCAGGAACCUCUGUUGCUAAUGACUGCCCAGGGACUCCUUGGCCAGGGUCGAGAAUUUUACGGGUAUCUCGCGUUUGCCACUUAAAUGACUAGGUACUACAUGACAUAUCUUAACUGGAUUGCUCUAAAGGACUAAUGCCUAAACCAUCUCAACAUGGCUUAUCAAGGAGGAGGUGGGCACGACCAUGGUCCAUCACCUGCGCUCUACCCUGUUAGCCCUGAAAGUCUUUUCACAUGUAGAACUCAUAACAUAUGCAUGGUAUCGGACUUUUUCUACCCGAAUAUGGGAGGUGUGGAAAGCCACAUUUACCAGCUCUCUCAGUGCCUGAUUGAAAGAGGACACAAGGUCAUAAUUGUCACCCAUGCUUACGGAAAUCGAAAAGGCAUCCGUUACCUCACUAAAGGCCUCAAAGUCUAUUACUUGCCUCUGAAAGUUAUGUACAACCAAUCUACAGCUACAACCCUCUUUCACAGUCUGCCAUUGCUCAGGUACAUAUUUGUUCGGGAGAGAGUCACGAUAAUCCACUCACAUAGUUCCUUUUCUGCCAUGGCCCAUGACGCCCUCUUCCACGCCAAGACAAUGGGGCUCCGUACAGUCUUCACGGAUCAUUCCCUUUUUGGAUUUGCUGAUGUCAGCUCGGUGCUUACAAACAAGCUUCUAACUGUAUCUCUUUGUGACACAAACCACAUAAUUUGUGUCUCUUAUACUAGUAAGGAAAACACUGUGCUAAGAGCAGCACUGAAUCCUGAAAUAGUGUCCGUCAUUCCUAAUGCGGUAGAUCCUACUGACUUCACUCCAGACCCAUUUAGAAGGCAUGGUAGUAUGACUAUUGUUAUUGUCAGCAGACUUGUUUACAGAAAAGGGACUGAUUUGCUUAGUGGUAUAAUACCCAAACUCUGUCGGAAAUAUCAAGAUUUAAAUUUCAUAAUUGGAGGAGAGGGACCAAAGAGAAUAAUUUUGGAAGAAGUACGGGAAAGAUACCAGCUACAUGACAGAGUGCGUCUCUUGGGAGCCUUAGAACACAAGGAUGUUAGAAAUGUCUUAGUUCAAGGACAUAUUUUUCUUAAUACUUCCCUUACUGAAGCAUUCUGCAUGGCCAUUGUGGAAGCAGCCAGUUGUGGUUUACAGGUUGUAAGUACCAGGGUUGGUGGAAUUCCUGAAGUACUUCCAGAAAAUCUUAUUAUUUUAUGUGAGCCUUCUGUAAAAUCUUUGUGUGAGGGAUUGGAAAAAGCUAUUUCCCAACUGAAGUCCGGAACACUGCCGGCUCCAGAAAAAAUCCAUAACAUAGUCAAGACUUUCUACACCUGGAGGAAUGUUGCGGAGAGAACUGAAAAAGUGUACAACCGCGUGGCAGGAGAAACUGUGUUACCAAUGGACAAACGACUGGAAAGACUCAUGUCUCACUGUGGCCCAGUAACAGGCUGCAUUUUUGCUUUGUUGGCCGUAUUCAACUUUCUGUUUCUCACUUUCCUGAGAUGGAUGAUUCCAGAUUCUAUCAUUGAUGUUGCAGUAGAUGCCACAGGGCCAAAGGGUGCCUGGACUAAUCAGUAUCCUUAUGGUAGAAAACGGGGCGGGGAUAAUGAGACAUCCAAAACCAGGUAGAAGAAAGCCUGGAUCAGAUUUUAAAUAUUUGUACUAGUUCUAUUAAGACUAUUGAAAAGAACCUUGCUUCCCCCCCCCCCUUUUUUUACAGUUAAUUUAGUAAGUUGUGCUACCUCUAUAUUAUUCAAUGUUUUAUUUUGAGGAAAGAUAACUUAUGCAAUUCCUGAGUGUAGAAACUCCUUGCACUUAUUUAAAAUUUAGGAGAAAACCUAUUUAAGCCACUCAGGUAUGAUAUUUUUCAGACUACUGAAGUCCCUCUAGCAGAGAUGUUUUCACAUAUUUUGGGAGCUUUGGGUGCUGAAGGGCCAAAUGUUUUCUGGGCAUUUUUUUUGGCCAAUUUAAAUGUUCUACCAUUAAUUAGAUAUUCACCAGAUGUUUACAAGUUUUCUUUAGGGAAGUACAACAACUCUCUGAACUGUUGUAAGUCAUGUCCAUUCAC